GUAAAACGUUAGUGUUGUUAGCGACAAAGAAAAUCAUUCUAGUUACCUUUUACAUUUUGCAUUAAUUUUAGUUUGUUUGAUAUUUAUAUUAUUUUGGUUAAAAAAAAAAGAAUCAAAUGAGUGUAACAAGUUGUUUCCUUUCCCUACUCUAUUGGAUCAUUGAUAAUCCAGCUUGGACUAUUUCUCACUUUCUUAGGCUUUCAUCUUCGUCCACAAAACAAACUGAAUCCUCUCAACUUAUUUUCCACUUGUUUUAUUUUACCAAUUUCAACAUAAAGGCUAGAACCUAAAUUAGCUAAUGCUAUAACAAAUUGAAUGUAAUCCAAAAUCAACUAAAUAUGCCAACAACAAGAGCUCGUUUGGGCAGAAGACCAUCCUCUUCUUCCUAUUCAUCAACUAUUAGUACUAUCAUUUUUCUGUCAUUAUGUGUGUUGGGAGUAUGGCUUCUCACCUCCACCUCUAUUAUUCCUACCAAAUCCACUACUCGAACAUCAAGCGAUUCUUCCACUUCUUCUUCUAUUGCUUCCACCAUUAUGAAUGCCCACAAGACCAUUUCUGAUGAUGCCCAAAAAACUCAAAAGGAGAGUGCAAAAACACUUCCUGUUUUCAAAGACUCACAAGGAGACCUUCCUGAUGAUGCCCUUAAAACUGGCGAUACUAACCGACCUCAGGAGACUAACGAAAUUGACAAGCUCCAGACAGAUGUCUCAUCAGAUAAUACUAAGGAUUCUAGGGGUGGAGAUAGUUUUAACGCGAAUGUUGAUCAAUCAUUGCGAAGUGAUGAAAAUGGAAAGCCAGAGGAUGAGAAGAAAAAUGUGAAUGUAGUUGCGGCAGAGAACACUCAGGGAUUGCAUGGAACCGAAUCUAUUGAAGAGGAAGAGAAGCAGAAACACUUGGAGACACAAACUUCUGAGGAAAGUUCAAUCACUCACAAGCAAGAAGCUGAACAAUCAAUCACUCACAAGCAAGAAGCUGAACAAAUAACUGCAGCAAUCGCGAAGCCAACAACCGGAAAAGAAAAGGGUGAAGAGGACGUCUCUUUGGAUUCAGGAAACGAUGCCCAUGGAGUUUCAGCAGAUAACACGAACAACAUAUUAUCAGAUCACGACCAACAAAAACGGCUGGAGCAGCAUCAACAACAGGAAGAUGACCAAAUGCAACAGAAACUGAAACCAUCAGAAGAACAUACUCAAGGGGUAACGAGUAAAGAACAAAUCAAACAUGACGAAGCACCCAUAGUCAAAGAUGAUAAGAUUCAAAAUGAUCAUAAGGCUCCCGUAAACUUAACUAGUAAUGUACCUGUUCUGAAUAAUGAAAAUAACAAGACCGGGGAAACCAUUGUACCAAAAGAGUCUAAAGAAUCAAAGAAGACCUGGUCGACACAAGCUGAUCAGUCAGUGAACCAGAAAGAAAGACGAACAGUCGGAACAAAUAACCAAGACAGCAGCGUUCCAGAACAGAAUUGGCAGCUAUGCAAGGUGGAAGCCCAUGCAGACUACAUACCAUGUUUAGACAACGAAGAAGCAAUAAAGAAGCUAAAAACCACAAAGCAUUAUGAACAUCGUGAAAGGCAUUGUCCUCAGGAAGCUCCUACCUGUCUCGUCUCGUUGCCUCAGGGAUACAAGACGCCAAUUGAGUGGCCUAAAAGCAGAGAUAAGAUAUGGUACCAUAAUGUGCCUCAUACAUUGUUAGCAGAGGUGAAGGGGCACCAAAACUGGGUGAAGGUUUCUGGUGAAUUCCUGACUUUCCCAGGUGGAGGUACUCAGUUUAUCCAUGGAGCAUUACAUUACCUUGAUUUUGUACAAGAGGCAGUUCCGGAUAUAGCAUGGGGAAAGCGUACUAGAGUAGUGUUAGAUGUUGGCUGUGGAGUCGCUAGUUUUGGUGGUUAUCUUUUCGAGAGGGACGUUCUUGCAAUGUCUUUCGCACCUAAAGAUGAACAUGAGGCACAAGUUCAAUUCGCACUGGAAAGGGGAAUACCUGCAAUAUCUGCUGUGAUGGGUACUCAAAGAUUGCCAUUUCCAAGUGGAGUUUUUGAUCUUGUGCAUUGUGCACGCUGCAGAGUCCCUUGGCAUGAGCAAGGUGGUGCUCUUCUUCUGGAACUGAAUCGCGUCCUUCGCCCCGGAGGUUACUUUGCCUGGUCUGCAACUCCCGUCUACCAAACUCUUGAAGAAGAUGUCGAGAUAUGGAAGCAAAUGUCUAACUUGACGGUGGCCAUGUGCUGGGAGCUUGUAACCAUAAAGAAGGACAAAUUAAACUCAGUUGGUGUUGCCAUCUACCACAAAUCAGACACAAAUGAUUGCUACGAUCAAAGACAACAAAACAAACCUCCAAUGUGUAAACCAGAUGAUGAUCCUAAUGCAGCCUGGUAUGUCCCCUUCCAUUCAUGUAUGCAUAGGGUGCCAAGUAAAGAAACGGAAAGAGGAUAUAGGUGGCCCGUAGAGUGGCCUGAGCGAUUGCAGACACCUCCAUACUGGCUAAACCAAUCACAAAUUGGAAUUUAUGGAAAACCAGCGCCAGAUGACUUCUCAGCAGAUUUAGAGCAUUGGAAACGUUUGGUAAGCAAGGUGUAUAUGAAUGGGUUGGGAAUUAGCUGGAAAAAUGUGAGAAAUGCCAUGGACAUGAGAGCAGCAUAUGGAGGGUUUGCUGCAGCACUUAGAGAUCUCAAAAUGUGGGUGUUGAAUGUGGUGAAUGUCAAUGCUCCGGAUACACUUCCUAUAAUAUAUGAGCGUGGUCUUUUUGGGAUUUAUCAUGAUUGGUGUGAAUCGUUUAGUACAUACCCAAGGACCUACGAUCUUCUACAUGCUGAUCAUCUUUUCUCCCAGUUGAAGAAGAGGUGCAAAAUUGUUGCGGUAAUCGCAGAAGUUGACAGAAUAGUUAGACCUGGAGGUAAAUUGAUUGUCCGUGAUGACUCUGUUACUACUAAGGAAGUAGAAAACUUACUCAAGUCUCUACAUUGGGAAAUCCGGAAGAGGAUCUCCCAGAACCAAGUUGGAAUAUUAAGUGCACAGAAGACUUUCUGGCGGCCAAAUGCUACUGUUGCACCCACCUGAGACUCUCUAAUGAUCUAAUCUGUAACAAGCAAUUCUUACUCUGUAGCCUAAAGGUCUUCAUAUACUGCUGCGAGCAGGCAAACAGAUGCUGCCGUAGCUCUUGUUAUUUAUUUUUCAUUUAUAUAUUUUUUAUUUUUUACUUUUUAUUUUUUGAUAGAUAAAAAAGGCAAAGUGCUGCAGGCAAAUGCCGUAGCUGUUAUUAUUGAUUAAUUGCGUUUACAUUUAGCAUGCAAAUACAUAAUCACAACAACAGGGAUCUUAAGUUCACUA